AUGGCGACCRACGAGAAGAAGAGACGCAUCAUUAUGGUUGGGUUAAUUUGCUUGGAUAUUGUUAAUGUUUGUGAUCAUUUCCCCCAGGAAGAUCAAGAUAUACGUGCUCUAGAACAGCUAUGGCAGCGUGGUGGUAAUGCAGCAAAUCAGUCAGAGAUAUUGGCACAGUUAGGAAUGGAAGUGGAAUUUUUAGGUUCUUUGAGCGAUGGAAGGGGAUGCGACUUUGCAGUAAAGACACUCACAAGACGUGGAGUAAUAACAAAUAAUUGUAUAAUCCACAAAGGUAUUGGAUUUCCUACAUCCUGUGUGACUCUCAGCCUUCAAACAGGCAGUAGAACAAUCAUUCAUUAUCGUCCAAGUCAAUUUCCUGAGGUUUCCAGCGAAGAGUUCAAAAAACUUGACUUCAGUUGCUAUCACUGGGUUCAUAUUGAAGUGAAACGAAAUUUCCAAGAAACGCUUAAAAUGAUAUCUGCUAUCGAAUCGUAUAACAAAACAAGGAAUUCCUCAGAUAAAAUUACAGUAUCUAUCGAAUUAGAGAAAAAACACCACGAUUGUAUAAAAUUGUUAUCUCAAGCUGACCUGGUGAUUAUAAGCAAAGAUUUAGCUGAAUUCUUGGGCUAUACUUCAGCAAGCUCUGCUGUGCAAGGAUUAUAUAACAAAAUGAAACAAGGUGCUAUGUUAGUAUGCCCGUGGGGGUCAUUGGGUGCCGAUGGCAUGGAUAACAGGGGGGUUCUAUACCAUAGCGAUGCAUUCCCCCCUGACUUUGUCAAAGAUACUCUGGGUGCGGGAGACACAUUUAUUGCUGGUCUAAUCAAAAGUCUUUAUGAUGGAAAUGGUUUGCAAGAUGCUUUGAUAUCAGGCUGUAGGCUUGCUGGCUUUAAGUGUGGAGUCAAGGGAUACAAUCAACUUGGUGAUUUCUGGAACAAAAUAGUUGAUGGCAAAUAACUUGCUAUGGGAUUCCUUUAUUGAAUACAUGAGGAGGGCAGGGAAUAGUUGCCAUUCUAGUGCAAGAGAUGCAAUGAUGUGCUGUAAUCAUUUCCAGGAAGAGAAACAAGUUACAUAAAAUUAUGACCAAACCAAUUAAAAAAAAUAUAAUGUAAUAAAGUGUAUCUGAUAGUCCUUGUUUAAUACAAAAUGUUGACUGAGACAUUUCUGUUGUAAAAACUGUCUACCUUAUAAGGUCUAGUGAAGAAAUGACAAGACCAUUAUUGAUUAGAACAUUUUUUUACUUUUCAUAGGUAACACAAAAUCACUCAGAGUCAGUAGUCUCUUUAACAAGGCUCACAAAUGGCAAAGAGAAAAGACCAAACAGUCAAUCCCCAAUCCUCAUUGUAAAUAUUACUUGUCAUCUAGAAAAUUCACCAACAUAGUGGCCUCCUCCUAUCAAUUUUCCUUGCCAACUAUGGUGUCUGAAUUGAA